UCUGAAAGCAGUCCAGCAGAGAUGUACGUUCGUGAUUCAAUUUUUGUCGUCCGUUAUCCUGUCUGACAUUUUGGUGACCGCUGAUGCCAGACUGCCUGUUCAGCACGAUGACCGUCCCUCUUCUGCCUUCCAUCGUCACUGCCAUCGUGGUGGCGUUGACGAUGACUGCUGUACCCGCCGCGGGCGAGUUUGAGCUGACGAUCCUGCACACCAACGACAUUCACGCAAGAUUCGAGGAGACCAACGUGUACAGCAGCAUCCCUUGCUCCGCCUCUGACAUCGCAAACAACAAGUGCUAUGGGGGGUACGCACGUCUGGUGACAGCAUCGCGGGAGGCGAGACAGACUUACAACAACACCCUCUUCCUGGACGCGGGGGACCAGUACCAGGGGACCAUAUGGUUCUACUACUUCGGCGAUGUCGUCACCCCCAUCUUCGUCAACCUCCUCCAGUACGACGCUAUGGCCAUCGGUAACCACGAUUUUGACAGAGGAGUCGAAUACCUUCUCCCCUUCCUCACGAAAGUCACCGCCCCCGUCGUCAACGCUAACAUCAACGCCACCCUCGAGCCAGAGUUGAACCAGGUGUUGAAGAAAUCCGUCAUCAAGGAGGUCGGGGAUCAGAAGAUAGGAAUCAUCGGGUACACGACUGAGGAGACACCUGCGUUGUCGAGUCCAGGACCGAACUUAAAGUUCGGGGACGUGUUGGAAGCUGUGAGGAAGGAAGUUGAAGUUCUCACCAGUCAAGGCAUCAAUAAAAUUAUCGCACUGGGGCAUGCUGGGUACAGUGUGGACAAGGUGAUAGCUACCAUCCCUGGUGUGGACGUGGUGGUGGGUGGACACAGCCACUCAUUCCUGUACAACUCCUCAAACUUAGCUGACAGACCGUCGAUAGAAAUACCAGAGGGAGACUACCCGACAGUGGUGGAGCAGUCGGAUGGGGGUAGGGGCCUGGUGGUGCAGGACUAUGCAUUCGGCAAAGUACCUGGGUAUUCUCCACGUCACCUUUGACGACAACGGCAAUGUCAUCGACUACAGUGGCAAGCCGAGACUUCUCAACGCCUCCGUGCAGAACGACAAUGCCACACUAGAGAUGCUACGGCCAUGGAAAGAACAGGUCAUGAAGAGGUCGCAAGAAGUGAUUGGCAGAACACUUGUCAACCUGGAGGGCUUCUCUACAAUCUGCAGAAUACAAGAGUGUAACCUG